AAAGACGUCAUGGUUGCGGGGCAUGGGCUAGAAGUUGGUUCAGUUUCACAGAUUUCGGCAGGGAUUAAGAAGCGUCGCCAUCCUCAAUCAUUAACUGAUUUUCUCUUAUACAUAGAAGAAGUAGUCUGCAGCUGUGCUUCUCUUGGUUUUGUGGGCACUGCUGGGUCAACAAUUGCCGAGAGCAUAGAAUUAAUGAGAAAACAUGACAUUUGUUCCGGCUAAAUUGCUUUGGCUUCUAUCUAACUAAUGUUACUUACCCAGCUUUGUGUUCUCCCAAUUGGCAGCUAGAAUACACGUAUCAUCUGAAAUCCUCCCUUUUCACAAGCUUGAACAUACAAAUUAACGAUGUCCUAGUUGAAUUCAAAGAUGGACUAGGCUGUCAAAUUUGAAGGAUGCGAGUGAUCCAUACUGCUGGAAGAGGAACUAUUGGUUGAAGAUUCUGCCGCACAUAUCAAGGGAUUAGAAUCACUGAUGGGUGGAUCUGUCUGCGUAAAGUUUUCUAUUCUUCAAAUGCAUACUGCUAACUAGAUUUCAUCCAUUUGAAGGGAGGAGGUAAUCAUAUCUUUCAAAUUUAAGUCCAGAAUUGGCUACAAGAUCAAUUAUCUUCAAGUUGGGAAGUCUUUAUUUGUUGAUUUCGUGGCCUUUAAUAACCUAUACCUUAGCAAAGAAAAACCAUGUAGAACGAUUGAACUGUACAAAAUGUUUAUGUACACUUCGUUCAGGGCUUAGUACACCAAAAAGAAAUUGAAAGGUUCUGCUCGUGUUGAUUCUUAGCCAUUUGUCUACUACUCGCUGUGGUUUACUAUGUGUCAAGAAAUGGACCUUAAGCCUAACUCAACCUCAAAAGCUAGCUCAAGAGGUGAGGAUUACCCAAGUCCUUAUAAGCAAACUACCAGUCCAUUACCCAACCAAUGUGGGACUUUUACCCACUCUAACACUAUGAACAUGGAAACACAAUUAUAUGAUUAUCUAUUCAACACCAAUAUGUUUUUAAAUCUGGCUGCAGUUGAAUUA